AUGGAAAAAGCUACGCUUCUAACCGCUUCCAAAGUGGAUCUCAGCGUCUCGUCCCCCCGGUCGGACAUCACCAGGUUGAUCGGCCCGGCGCUACAAAUUGCCCUUCGCUUCCAGAGCCUCGUCGGCUGCGUCACCGUCUUCCUCUGCUCCCAUGCCUGUUUUUUCGCGAGCAUCACUUUCGCCGGCCUCCUGCACGCGAGCAAAACCGUGACCCUGAACGCCUUCGUCGCUGCAAGAUUCAGCGUUUUCCUCAGCUUCAACAUGUCUACCCAGGCCGUGGCGAGUGCCUGGAACUCCAAAAACAUCCAGAGGUUACGAAGCAAGCUCUUUUACGAAUUCGCCGUCUUUAUCCUCGGCAGCGGGAACAUGAUCUUCAUAAUGCUCUUCUGGCCUGGCUGGUGGGUGCUUGCAGGCGCGUGCUGGGCAUUCUGGACGCUCUUCGGCUGA